AUUGAUCCCCUUCUCUUCUCCUCCUUCGCCUACUUAAACGCACCCACCCCGCCGCCGGGGCAAAGAUCAGCCUUCUGCUUCUCCUCUUUCUCGAGCUCUCUCUGCGGCGACAUCGCCGCCUCUUCUCCGGUCUCGUGUCGUGUUGCCAGCUUCAGCUCGUCUCCUGCAAUGGCGUCAAGGGCGGCGCUCGUCCUCUGCGCUUCGGCGGUCCUCGCCGCGGCGGCCGCCGCCGAGGCCAGGGACUUCGUCGUCGGCGGCGCCGACGACGCGUGGAAGGUGCAGGCGCAGCCCGACGCGCUCACCAAGUGGGCCUCGAUAAACCGCUUCCACAUCGGCGAUAACCUCCUGUUCAAGCUCGGCGGCGCGGCGGACGACUCGGUGCUGGAGGUGACCCGCAACGACUACAACCGCUGCAGCACGGCGGCCCCGCUCGCCACCCACAAGGGCGCCGCCACGGUGCCGCUCCCCCGCUCCGGCCCGUAUUACUUCGUCGGCGGCGCCCCAGGCAGCUGCCAGAAGGGCGAGCGCCUCCUCCUGGUAGUCAUGUCCGAGAAGCACGGCCGCAGCCGCCUGCGUGGCCUCGCGCCGGUGCCGGCCCUGGCACCGACGCCCGAGGCUGAGCCCCCGCUGGCCGCCAGCUUCGUCGGAGGCCCUGCCGCGGCCCCGGCGCCGGCCACCGGGGUGGCCGGGAGGACUGCGUCUGCCGGGACCGUCACUCUGCUCCUCGGCGCCGCCGCCGUCCUCGGGGCCCUGCUGGUUGGGUGGUAGUGGAAGUGAAAGCGUUUUGUGUGCGGUGUUGUGGGAACAAGGAUAGUUGCUUGCUGCACUAUGGAACAAGGAAAUGAUCUGCUUCUUCUGUCUGUAGAAGAAGAGAGGACAGUUGUGUGGGACGAUCAAUCAUAAUGGAUAAAUUCUCUUCAAUGAUUAUAUAACCUGGUUGCAUCAAGGUUUUAUUGA